GCUGAGGAAUUGAUUCAAUAAUCAGUUAUUGCAUUGCCUAAUAUAUCUUGUUGAGAUUUCAUUUUCUUUUAUAUCUUUCUCCUUCCAUCGACAAUAAUAUUGUCCGGAGCUUCAGUUUCGUUAAUUUGAAUUUGUCCGUCAGCACUUGCAGCCUUCAGUGCAAGGCUCGAUCUGUUAAUUCUUCAGGCGCUAGCUGAUAAUCAGUUCUGCACUUAGCAGGUCGAUACAUGCAAGAAUAUAUCGACAAAGAAGUUGGCUUCACAUAAAGUGCAAGUAUUGUAGACAGAAAGUGUUGGUUGACGGAUUCAUGAUAUCAUGAACUACAACACGAAUGAGCAGAGGAGAAUUGCAUCUGUUUGGAACUUUGUUACGAUAAUACCAAAACCAUUGAACCUAGCUCAACCAUCGAUCUCCUCAAAUCUAGCUAGCAGUAUGUCUAGUCCUCUUCGGCUCCUUCCAUUCCUGCUCUUCUUCGUUCUCGCAACUCUCUUCGGUCCCUCUCAGGCCGAUGUUGGCACCGCUGCCCACUACAGCCCACCGUAUCUGCCUACGUCCUGCUUUGGUAGCGAUCCGUCGCAGUUUCCUUCAAGCAACCUGUUUGGGUCAGCCGGAGAAGGAAUAUGGGACAACGGAGCAGCCUGUGGCAGGCAGUAUCUGGUGAGGUGCAUAAGCGCCGCUGUCCCGAAAACUUGCAUUCCGGGGCAGACGAUUCAGAUCAAGAUUGUGGAUCGCGCGCUUUCUUCUAAGUCUAGGCCUUCGAGGAAUGAUGCUACCAUGGUGCUUUCCACAACUGCAUUUGCCGCCAUCGCCAACUCUUCUGCUUCAUUUGUUAACGUUGAAUUUCAACAGGUUUGAAGGGAAAUUAUUACAUGGUCCUGAACUAUAGUACACGUGGUGACUUGUAGUGAUUUCUGAUUGGUCUCUUAAAUUAAUUUUUCUUUUAUUUUUUCACUCUUGCAUGUACCCCACUACAUUCUAGUGAUAUUAUUGGUUAGAACCACCUAAUAA